UUGAACCCACAAGCUGUUCCUGAACCUGUGAUCAUCUGUAAAGAAGAAGAGUUAUUAAAUCCUAAUAACUAGCAGCCUGUUUCCGACUCCCUUUGUGAUCGUUACAUUGGUGUCAGAAGUGACUUUUCGAACGGAGGACGUCUAUCCUGACGGGAGUUCGUAACUGCGUCACGGAGCUAGCCGGUAAGCUAGCGGAGAUGGAAAAGUUCAGCAAGAUGGGAGUGAAGCAGGAAAGUAGUGAUGGAGAGAAAGAUGGAGCAUGCGGGUGGUCGAAGGACAUGAGUGGAGAGUUCAUGAGUGCACGGGAGGCGAGAGAGCGCCUGAGAGAGUCGGCGGUGAAGAUGGCUAGAGACGCGGGAAUGUCGCGGUCUUCAGCGGCAUUUACAAGCUGGAUGUAAACAACAAUGGCGGCGCCCAGCAACCAGUAGCAGCCGCCGCGUCCGUGAAAACACCCAAAUACUCGGAUCAUGGAACAUGCAGGUGCUGUCUCAGCACAGGCUAACCAAUCACAGUACAGCAACUCCACUGUAUCAGAUUUGCCAGAGAGAUCCUCGGAGUACAGCGAUGCAGAGCUCGUGCUGCUGGGCGCAAUGGCUAUUCUGGUUCUGGCCAUAGUUUUUGGUAACGUGCUGGUGAUAACGGCCAUCCUGCGGUUUAAGAGGCUCCAGAAAGUCACUAACUUCUUCAUUGCUUCGCUGGCUGUGGCCGACCUCAUCAUGGGUUUGGUUGUGGUCCCCUUUGGCUCCAGCUACAUCCUGCUGGGAAAAUGGCAGUUUGGAAACUUCAUGUGUGACUUCUGGACCGCAACUGACGUGCUGUGUGUGACGGCCAGCAUCGAAACUCUGUGUGUGAUUGCUGUGGACCGAUAUCUCGCCAUCACCUCGCCUCUUCGAUACCCAACGCUAAUCACCAGGGGUCGGGCCUUUGCAGUGGUCCUCUGCGUUUGGGUGGUGGCCUCCCUCAUCUCCUUCCUGCCCAUCCAUCUGAAGCUGUCGAUGUCACACGAUGAGGAAGCUAAGCGGUGCUUGGAGGACAACUACUGCUGUGAAUUCAACACCAACGCAGCAUACGCGGUGUCUUCCUCGAUCGUGUCCUUCUACCUGCCGCUGGUGGUGAUGAUUUUCCUGUACGCCAGGGUCUUCCAGGAGGCGCAGAAACAGCUGGAGAAGAUUAGAGGGAGGGAGAGGCACUUUUCUCACUUGCAUUACGCUGUACAGCUGUCUUAUCCAGAAGAUAGUCCAGCAUUGAACAAACGAACAGGAACUCAGGAGGAAGAGGAGAGACUAAACAUGCAGAAAACAGGAGAUACAGACACAGGGAAGGGGGAACAGAUAGCAGAAAGCAGAGCAAGGACAGAAAAAGGUGAAGGAAAAUACUCUGCUGCAAAACGUCUUAAGUUCUGUUUGAAGGAGCACAAGGCUGUAAAAACUCUUGGGAUCAUCAUGGGAACCUUCACCUUGUGUUGGCUACCCUUCUUCAUCCUCAACAUCCUCAUUACCUUCCUCAAUUUAAGGGAUAUUAAGCUGCUCUUCAGACUCCUCAACUGGCUGGGAUACUCUAACUCGGCCUUCAACCCACUCAUCUACUGCCGCAGCCCCGACUUCAGGCACGCCUUCCAGGAGAUACUCUGUCUCAGGGGCAAAAGGGGGAGCAGGGGAGGGAGGAGAGGAUGGGGAUGGUGCAGGGACAGAGAUUGUUACACCAAGCCCCCAGGUAAGACGAAUGUGGGCUCAGACCUGACUGGUGUCAGGGGGCUGGACCUUCAGCAGAGGUUGGGGUGGAAGGGCAGUUUGGACAGCUCUAUCCGGGACAGCUCGCUAAGUCUGGCUCCGACUCCGACUCCUCUCCUGGACCAGGUUUUAGAAGUAGAGGCUAACAGCUCUGCUAACGGGAGUUGUAAGGAAAAUCUGGCUUCAAUUGCCUGAAGUCUUUACAUUGCGAAAGUCGAGUCGUGCUGUGAAGUUUGGUGGAGUUCAAAAUGUUUGUUUUGGUUUGACAAAGACUUAUUGUUUUUUUAGGCGGUAGCUUGAAGUGUUGCUAGCCAAUAUUAAUAUGUGUAUUCAGUCAGUGUUAGAGAGGGUUAAUGUGUGGUCACUGUUCUUUUUUUCAAAACAGCUACACAAGUAAAACAUGUUCAGCAGUGAUUGUCGGCAUUACAAAUAGUCUGACUUAAAGCUAGAGGAAUGAAUGAAGAUUAAAACAGAUUUUUGUUAUCAAAAGUAUUCAGUAUUCAGACCCUGACUGAUAUUUUCAACAGAAGCCAUCACAUUUGCAGUGCUGAAAACUAUGUUUGCCAGCAACAAAGGCACAAGCCACAAACCCACCAUGAAGCAGAGAUUAAAAAAUACAUUUUGUUUGCCCUGUAGCUAAACAGUCUUAUAUGAAACAGAGGGUCUCAGUUGAGGCUGACUCAUAAUAAAUUCCUGUGUUUUCCAUUCCUUCCUGAUAAACCUCAGAGCAGGUCCUGGUGUAUAUUUGUGUGUAAGAUAAACAUCUGAGACCCAAACUUGUGACUAUGAUAACUUUCUUUCUUUGUGUUCGCUUUCUCCCAUUACAAAUUCGCAGGAACUAUUUUCUCCCUCUUUAUCUUUCUCUGUCCCUCUAAUAACAUUGGUCAGAAAAUUGGUCAGAUAGGGGUGGGAAGAUGAUUUUCAGGCAGUUGGUUCUGUCUUGAUAACAAUGUAUGUCACAAUGCAAGGUAAUAACUCAUAUGUUGUGCUUAUUUUUGACAUUACUCAAAAACGUAGUUGAAAUUAAGGUGUGUUUGAAUAGGUUUUAAUGUCAAAUAAUGAUCUAAUUAUAUUAAAGUAAUCAUUAAUGAUUACUUUAAUAUAAUGUGUAAUCUUAGUAAUGUAUAUGCUAAUUAGCAUAUACAUUUAGAUUACAUUACACAUUAUAUUAAAGUAAUCAUUAAUGAUUACUUUAAUAUAAUGUGUAAUGUUAGUAGAUUGCAUUACACAUUACACUCCAAGAGGACGAAUUACAUAUUGAAAUGAAUCUCCCUAGCCCUGCUUGUAUGUGUAUGGAUGAUUGUAUAGAUGAAUUUACACCUGAACUGGGUAUUGAAGGUCAAUAAUUAGCAGUUGUUAGUAAAUAUGUUCUGUGUGUGUCUGUCUGUAUGUUUUGUGUACCUGUGAUGUGAUGAUUAACUAUUUGUGCGGAGCUUGAAAUGUGCCAUUGAAUAUUUUCAAUGUACUGUAAUGUGUCCACAGAUUAUUUGAAAGUUGGAAAAUACUUGUUUUUUUAUUUCAAAUUCAGUUAUUUAUCUGUGCCUCAAAAAGAACAGUUGUUUUAUUGUGCAAUUUGUAUUAUAUCUGUAAAUACAUGUGGAGUAGCACUGAAACUCGAGUUUACACUCAAAUGUUCGUUUAAUACUUUGUGUGUACUGAGACAUAACUGAAAAAUGUAAUGUAAAAACCAAAAGUAGGUUUGGGUAUGUAGUUGUGUGUGUACAAGAGGAACUUUUUUUUAUUUUCUACCUCCAUCACAUCUCAUGUCGCUAAAUAUUUAUUCAUAACCUGUUGGAUCUUUUUGUGAAUAAAAAAAUGAAGUUUGA